AUGGCGGGAGGGAGUGGUGCCGAAGGCCGGGCGGUGGAGCAAGCCAUUCAAUCAGGUCCUAAUGCUCAAGCGGGGAAGCCAAAGUCGAGAUUAAAAUCUCAAGACAGCGCGACGGCAGUGAAACGACGCUGUGUUAGCAGCGCAUGCAUUGCUUGUAGGAAACGGAAGUCUAAGUGCGAUGGAAACACACCUACUUGCGCCGCUUGCGGAUCCGUAUAUCAUACACCAUGUAUAUACGACCCCAAUUCGGACCACCGUCGAAAGGGAGUAUACAAGCAAGAUAUUGACAACCUAAAAAAUCGUAAUAGCACUCUCCAGACACUGGUUCAGGCCAUCCUUAGCUACGAUGAAGCGGAUGUUCCAGACCUUGUUCGACAAAUACGGUCGGGCGAAAAUCUGGAGGAAGUAGCAGAGACUAUAUUAGAGCGAGAAAAGAAGGCGAGCAAGACUGCCGUUCCGGAGGUGUUUACGGACGAGGACGUCGGUCAAGCGAGUGAUGUGCCCAAAUUCGAGUCUGAGCUGGCAGGGAAGAUGAGUGAACUGGUGCUUGACGGCUCAGUAAGAUUUGUCGGGGGCACUUCGAAUUUAAUAUUUCUACCUGCAGAGUUCUCCUUAGAGGAGCCGGAUACCUCCUUUGGGCUGCUUGAGCCAGUCAAAGACGCGGACGAGUUCAUUACUGGUUGGACCGAGGUAACAAAAAGCAAAGAACUGAUAUGUCAUCUGUUGACCAUGUACUUUACAUGGCACUACGCAUAUUUUACGACCCUAUCGAAAAAGUUGUUCUAUCGUGAUUUUGUUAAGGGGCGGUCCAGCCAACAUUGCUCAUCGCUCCUUGUUAAUGCUAUGCUAGCCCUUGGUUGCCAUUUCAGCUCAUGGCCAGCCGCACGAAGAGACCCGGGGGACUCCGCAACUGCUGGAGAUCAUUUUUUCAAGGAGGCUAAAAGGUUAUUAUCGGAGAACGAUGAGCAUGAAAAGGCCAAACUAUGCACCGUGCAAGCGCUUGCAUUGAUGUCAGUACGCGAGGCUGGUUGCGGGCGAGAAGGCUCAGGCUGGGUAUAUAGUGGGAUGAGUUUCAGAAUGGCUUACGAUUUAGGUUUGAAUGUCGAUGGUACGGGGAUCACUUCUCAUAUUCUUCCUGAUGAGGAUAUCGACGCUCGAAGAAUAACAUUUUGGGGAUGCUUCCUUUUCGACAAAUGCUGGUCUAACUACCUAGGACGCCAACCCCAGCUUGUAACCACUGGUAUCAGUGUCCCCAAGUUUGACGUCUUCCCUGAUGAAGAUUUCGAAAUGUGGUCCCCGUACACAGAUUCAGGCGUCACACAUGAGCACGCUCAACCAUCUCGAACACGGGCAGUUGCUCUUCAUAUAUUACGGCUAUGUGAGAUAAGUAGCGAUUUACUGGCUUCUUUCUAUCACCCAACGGCUCUGGAAGGGCAGAUUGGAAAGCAAGAGGAGUUGAAGCGACUAAGCCAGCUUCAUACGAGGUUAGAAGCCUGGCGCAAAGUUCUUCCCAAAGAAAUGGAACCCAAGGAAGGCCAGCUGCCCCAGGUGUUGCUGAUGCACAUGUUCUUUCAAUUACUCUUUAUCCAUCUUUACCGUCCAUUCCUCAAAUAUACAAAAUCAACUUCUCCUCUUCCAAGCCAUGUAUCUCCUAGAAAACUGUGCUCACAGGCUGCAUCUAUGAUUUCGAAACUGCUUCGAUUUUACAAACGCACAUAUGGAUUCCGCCAAAUCUGCAAUAUUGCUGUAUACAUUGCACAUUCAGCUUGCACAAUUCAUUUACUUAACCUUCCAGACAAAACCGCCAAACGAGACCUGAUUCAUGGUCUCAAAAACCUAGAAGAGAUUGCGGAAAGUUGGCUCUGUGCCCGCCGGACUCUACGGAUCUUGGAAAUCUCGGCGCAGAAGUGGCAUGUUGAUUUGCCAAAUGAAGCCGUGGUAAUUCUUGAGCGCUCACAUACAAGAUUCGGGCCCUGGGGAUCCUGGGACCAGGCCCAUUCUCCAUCGAACUCAGACACAUCUCACAAGGACGCACUGCGGCUUGAAAAUCUACAAACCUUUGGAACUCCUGAGACCAUUUCAGUACCCCCGGAGCCUUCUAUUACUGCGCCUGUAACAACUGUUCCUCCUCCCAUACCGAAUCCUUCCCUUUCACAAUGUCAGCGAUUUUCCCCGAUGCCCUAUAAGCCUUCACAACCACCGCAGCCACAAACUGCGCAUCCAACCCACUUUCCCUCUGCCACAAUUCCCGACCAUACGUUCUCUGUGCCAGCUCUACAAAGCCCCUACCGUGCCAACCACAAUGCUGCCCAAAACCGUGAUACCUGGACAAGUACCCGACAGUCUCCUGUUGGUGCUUCUACUGGAAGUAAUACCCCCUCUGUUAUGAACACUCCGCAACCAUCGGCACUAGGAGGUAUGGAAAAUCUAAUUGAGGCAAGCCAAGACUGGUGGUUGAAAGAUCAAAAUGCCCUGGCAUUGGGGUUAGAUAAUUGGGGUGAUGGUUGGGAUAGUGCUGCCAGGCCGGUUGGUUCGAGCCUGGCCUUUGAACCCAGUGUUCCAGCGGUUGCUCUCGGGAGCACUCAACAGAUGAUCAGGGGUAGCAGCUACAAUUUUGCGUCUGGGCAGCUGCCAAGUGUUAAUACUGGCAUGGAUAUAACAAACAUGCCGUUGGCGCUUCCAGGCUACGAUGCUGAGCUGACGGAGGAAAGCCAAUUAUGUGAUAAUCAGGAAAUCAAUCCGGCACAACAACUACCAACGACAAUGGCGGGAUUUGAAAGUCACGGUCAGCUGUAUUAUUGA